GUUUGGUUCAAAUUUUAACUAGCAAGUUGGCUUUUCCUUGCUUUAUUUUACAAACAACCAUUGCGAUUUAUCUUCUUUGUCUCUGGUUUAAUCUGUUCUUCUCUUGCUUCAAAUUAUUCAAAUGAAGCUCAAGAUAAGAUUGCGGAUUUUGAGAUGAAGCUCAUGGACAUUGAUAGCGAGCAUCUUGGAAUUCCAGAAGCAGAAUAUGAAGCCAUUGUAAGGAUGCCAUCAACUGAAUUUGCAAGGAUUUGCAAAGAUCUCAGCACCAUUGGCGAUACUGUUGUAAUAUCUGUGACAAAAGAAGGUGUGAAGUUCUCCACUAGAGGUGAUAUUGGGACAGCAAAUAUUGUUUGCAGGCAGAAUACCUCAGUAGACAAGCCAGAAGAAGCCACCAUCAUAGAAAUGCAGGAACCAGUUUCAUUGACCUUUGCCCUGCGGUACAUGAACUCCUUCACAAAGGCCACUCCAUUGGCAAACCAAGUGACAAUCAGCAUGUCAUCAGAUCUACCGGUGGUGGUUGAAUACAAAGUUGCAGAAAUGGGAUACAUCAGGUUCUAUUUGGCUCCCAAAAUUGAAGAAGAUGAGGAGACUGCAGCUCACGCACCAAGCCAACCUAACACCGAGGUUAAGCCUAAAGUGAAAGUGGAGUAUCAGCCACAAGAGAUUGACCUUGAAGAGGCAAGCAAGCCUCUAGUUGAAAACAAGACUGAAGUGGCGGCCAAACUUGAGACUGAAACUAAUGGUGAGGUUGCAAUCAUCGAUGUGAAAAUGGAGUCUAAGCCUCUAGAAGGGACUGACCUUGAAAAGGAAGGCAAGCCUCUGGUUGAAAGCAAGACUAAAUUGGAGACCAAUGGUGAAGUUGAAGUCAUGGAUGUUGAGUAGUCUUAACUAACAGGACUUUUAUCGCUUCCAUCAAGGAUGUCAUUUUUGAUGCUGGUAAUUUGUGAGGAAGUACCAGGCCUUGAAGACGAGUUCUAAUUUUUGUAUGCUAGAUGAAAGUAUACAUGGAAGUGCUAAAUGUUUUGGCAUUAUAAAACUAGUGGACAGCAGACUUCUAUGUGCAAUGCAUUGACAGGAAAUAUGCAGUAGGAAUCAAAUUGACGAGUUUGUAGAGGUCGUACUUGUAAAAACAUGCCUUUUCUUCUCUAUGCCUUUCCCAUUUCCAAACGCCAGAUAUGGUGAUGCUCUUGCCUGGUUAGUUAUGGCAAUCCAAUAGUACGUUGUGUCAAAGUCUGG